CCAUUCCACAUCAACAACCAAACCCCACCACCAACUCUUUAUAAAUAAAUCAACCCUCUCAUAUCCCAUUUAACAAACCCCUUUGAAUUUGUUCUCCAAAAACCAUUAAUUUGGUCAUAUCACAAAUUUGGUCUCUCUAAUAUUCUUCUACAAUAUCAAGACGCCAAGAUCAACUAAUUACAGAAUCUACACAAAGCAAAGGAAAGAAAAAGAUCAUUAGCAAUUUAUUAGCACCAUAAUUAAUUUGAUGUCAAUGGCUAGCAUGUUGAGGCUGGCGUUGGCCUUAUGUAUUUUAAGCAGCGUGGUUUUAACAUCCUCAGCUCAAACAUGUAAAAACCAAACAUUCUCGGGCAACAAAGUGUUCACAACAUGUCGCGAUCUUCCACAAUUAACCGCGUACCUUCAUUGGUCAUACGACCAACCGAGUGGCAAACUAGACAUAGCAUUCAUACACCGAGGAAUAACAUCAACAAACCGGUGGGUUGCUUGGGCCAUCAAUCCAAGCAACACCCUUGAACCAGCCAUGGUUGGAGCUCAAGCUUUGGUUGCUAUUCCACAAUCAAGUGGAAGUCCAAAAUUUUAUACUUCUUCCAUUGCAGACACUAGAACACAGUUGACAGAAGGAAGCAUUAGUUAUCCUGUUUCUGGUUUCUCUGGCACAUAUCAGAAUAAUGAGGUUACUAUUUUUGCAACUUUGACUCUUCCAAAUGGAACAACCUCUAUUGUUCAUGUUUGGCAAGAUGGAACAACCACUUCUGAUUCUACUCCUCAAGAACAUAGCCAUGAAUCUUCCCACGCAAACUCUAAGGAAGUCUUGGAUCUUGUUUCUGGUACUUCCCAGGUUGCAAGUGGGAUUGGUUCGCGUCAAAGAAGAAGAAACACACAUGGAGUACUGAAUGCAAUAAGUUGGGGAAUCUUGAUGCCAACAGGAGCAGUAAUAGCAAGAUAUUUGAAGGUGUUCAAAUCAGCAGACCCAGCUUGGUUUUAUCUCCACAUAACAUGUCAAGUCUCUGCAUACAUAGUUGGAUUAUCAGGAUUCGGUACCGGUCUCAAGCUCGGUAGUGACUCGGAGGGUAUUGAAUACGACACACAUAGAGCACUUGCUAUUGUUCUUGUAACCUUCGCAACACUUCAAGUGUUUGCGCUGUUUUUGAGGCCAAACAAAGACCAUAAAUUGAGAUUUUACUGGAAUAUCUACCACCACCUUGUUGGAUAUGCAACCAUAAUCAUUAGCAUUGUGAAUGUUUUCAAAGGGUUUGAAGCCUUGGGAGAUUUUGUAGGAGAUCGUUACAAGAAUUGGAAGCAUGCUUACAUUGGUAUUAUUGGUGCUUUGGGGGGUAUUGCUGUCUUUUUAGAAGCUUACACAUGGAUGGUUGUCUUGAAGAGGAAGCAAAUAGAGAACAAGACUUCCAAUGGUGUUAAUGAAGCAAAUGGUGCUAAUGGUUAUGGUUCUAGGCCAUAGUGAGUGUAGGAAUGAUGUGUAGAAAAAUUAUAUUGGAUUUUCUUUUCUGUUAUUUUUGUGUCUCUUUAUUACUUUUAGACCCCUUUGUAUAUUUUGGAUACUCCAGCUUCUUCUUAAGAGUCUCAGUUUUGGCUUUUGAGGUAAUUCUUUCACAGGAUAUUUACUUUUAGGGGUGUGCUUUUGUGUGUGAGCUAUAUACACUGUAUUUAAUCUAUCACUUUAUAUUUCUUCA